ACGUACGCCGCUGAUAAGCAUUAUGAAAUGCAAAAUUAACUGCAGCAACUGGUUUUUUGUUUGGUGUUGUUAUUGGACUGGAUAGGAAAGUUUUGAAAAUUUGGUGUAAUUGUUAAAUUCAGUAAUUCUUUAAAGAUUCCGUGAAAAUGGUGCAAAAAUUCUUUUGCUUCCGUCUGGAGACAGCCGCUACGAUUAUCGGAUGGCUAGGAUCAGUUGGGUCCCUCAUAGCAGUUGUGGUUUUGGGAUUAUGCUUGGGAUACAUCGAUGAUAUUGUUGAGAAAGUGAUGGAAUCAGCUCCAGUAAAUGAGAAGCUCGAUCCUAACAGAAUUCGUACAAUUCUGACUGUCGCAUUCGUAGCCUUUUUGGUUUUAAACGCCAUCAAUAUGUUUGCAUCUGUCUGCUUAAUAUUGGGAACCAUUAAGCAACGACAUCUACUACUUUUGCCAUGGCUGUUAAAUACUGGCAUAUCGCUACUGUUUGCUGUAACAUACUACGUUCUUCUAAUAGUGGACGCAGUACAGAUUUCAUUUUCAUCUAACAUCGGCUUGAUAAUCUUCGUUUCCCUUAAUUUGGCAUUAAACAUUUAUAUUUGGUUGGCAGUAUAUUCGCACUUCAAAAAUAUCCGAAAUAAUUGCGAACUACGACAACAGCUCCUCCCUCCUCGCGAUGCAUAUCCAUCCUACACUAAUAUUUAAUGCGUAUAAAAAUGUUAUAUGCAUAUUCGCCUUACGGCCAUUAUUUGACUAUAAUAAAAAUAUAUUACAUAUAUUUUAUUUAACAUGAAAUUUUUGAAGUACUAACACACAUGUAACUACAUACAUAUAUAUCAUUAAAACUAACACCAACGUAUACAUAAAUAUGUAAUAAACACAUGUACGUAAAUGUGAUAGAUAAAAUAUAACAUUUCCUUCCUUGAAAGCAAAUGUAAAGAAUGGUAUGUAUAGGGAAUAAAAUUUUAACGUGA